ACARCAAGAAGAGAAGAAAGGGAGAGAGAAGGUGUGUUGUUUGAGAGUGUGAGGAGGGGCAAGAGGAGUGUUCGUCCAAACGUAAGGAGUGAGCGGACCCCUCUUGAGAGAUCUACUGACGCCCCUUCCUCCGGCAUGGCAAACAUCACAUCUGCCCAAUGGCACACCAUGCUGGAUGCAGCAGAUGAGAACGAGAGACCGUUCUUCCAGAAACAUUAUGAUGAUGCAGUACAGAGAGAAAGGGAGGCAGAAGCAGCAGCUAGAGCUGCCAACAUUGCUGAUCAGGUGGCUCUCCUUCGGAUCCCGGAAGCCAAUGCUGACCGGUUCCAGGAGGGACUAGCUGCUGCCGUAGUAGCCUUGGUUCGGCUGCGGACCUUGGAAAACCUUGAGUCCCGUGUGACAGCGCUAGAGCAGAGGAACCAAGAGCUGCAGGCUGAGAUAACCAGCCUCAAACAGUCUCAACUGUCUGCCCCCCGCCCUCCUAACCCUCGAUCUGCUGUAAUCCUAGUCUCUCAGUCCAACACAGUCAUCGUGCCAAGGGUCAGUGGAACUGUGGCAAGCGCAGGAACCGGUGCCAACUUCAUGAGCGGCAACGCCGACAGUUCUGCGCUGGUCACAGUCCCCAAUGCAGGGACAUCAGCCCAAAAYGCCACAGUCUUUACAGGCGUUCAGUACARCGGUCCCACGGUGGACAAGAGGGCGGCCACGYUGCCGUCCAAGUACGAUGGGAAAGCAGACGUUACCUUUUGGAUUAGCUCCAUGAGGUCAUACUUCGAGGUUAUGCGGACACCGCAAGAGGAUCGAAGUAUGAUCAUGGGGAMUAAUACUGAGCCCACCGUACGGAACUACAUUGAGCUCCAAGCUGUUGCUGCAGGCUAUGAACGAAUAGACCUGACUGAGUGGCUGAAGAUAACCCCUGUACGCACCCUUGAGGACCUUCUCCUCGCACGGUACCAAGACAAGCAUGCUGYGCUCAAGGCUAGGCUGAAGCUUGAGGYCCUCAAAGAUCAUCGUACGGUUGCAAAGAUGUCAGAGAUUGCAGCAAAACGUGUGGGGAUCUCUCUAGACCCACUCGCAAUCAAGCGGAUAAAGUCAAUUGAUGAGACAGGGAAAGAGGAACCUGCUGAAGAGCCGUCGAUUGAAGAGAAGUUCCUUCUUGCAUUAGGGCGAAUUGAUUUCCACCAUGCUAUCCCUGUGCAUACUGUAGCGAAGGGAGGGGAAGAAGACGAGAAAGAGAGGGAGAAGAAGAAAAAAGAAGCAGCAGCCAAGGCUUCAUCUCAGUCAACAUGGCAGUGGCAGAGUGUGGUCGAGCAUUUUCAGAUGGUGCAAAUCGAGCUAGGGGUCAUACAGGACGUAAUCAAAGAGGUGGAGGCAAACAAUGCCGUCACCCUUGCAUAUAUACCCCGCCCAAGGCCCCUCAUGAACGAGAAGAUCCAGGAGCUUGCGCUGCGUGUCAGUCAGAAACGAAAACAAAUGCAGGUGACGGCGCGCUACUUAAGGAAGACAGCUCAAGGACUUGGGAAACAAGUGGCCAAGGAAGGGCUAUUUUAUGGAGCGCUCAUGCGUUUACAGCAGAACUGGAAAGUGAAGCGUUCGUCCUUGAGAGGUUGCGGCAAAGACGGGAUGUCGUGGAAUGUGUUUGUCAACCCUGCAGCUAGCAGCACAAGUGGAUUCUCCAUUGACUUGUCGUGGUCCCUGGUUAACCCUGAGAAUAAGCUAGUUUCCUCGUUACGCCCGCCGCCGAUUGCGAACAUUGUCCUGACUCAAGAUUCAGCGGGAAAGCUCACGGGAAGCCUCGGGUCCAAUCGGACGAUCAGGAUCAUGAGAUGCCAUUUGACGGGCAUUGCAGGAGAAAGAGAAGUUUUGCGGCCAGCCCGCAGCAGUGUGAGUAAGGAUGACAUAGCGAAGGAGAAGGAUGAAGAUGCAAAGAGCAGCGGGUUUUCCUCUUUCGAUUGGAAUGAUAGAUAUCCAAGCGGAGGGUAUGCUGGCAGGAAAAAAAGGGAGGAGGGGGUGGAGAUUGGUGCUGAAGAUGUCCAUGCCCUUCUGCGUAGGGUGCAAUCGGCUGUGUACUGCGAACAGUGCCACGUCAGCAGUGCCACGUCAGCAGUGCCACGUCAGCAGUGCCACGUCAGCAACAGUGCCACAUCAGCAGUGCCACAUCAGCAACAGUGCCACGUCAGCAGUGCCACGUCAGCAACAGUGCCACGUCAGCAGUGCCACGUCAGCAGUGCCACAUCAGCAGUGCCACGUCAGCAGUGCCACGUCAGCAACAGUGCCAUGUCAGCAGUGCCAUGUCAGCAGUGCCACGCCAGCAACAAUGCCACGUCAGCAGUGCCACGUCAGCAGUGCCAUGUCACAGUGCCACGUCAGCAGUGUCCCGCCACCAUGACGGGCGCAGCUCUGGGCAUGCCAGGCCAACUGGCCAACGAGUCUAUUGCCGACUACAAACAGCGGUUCCAGACUCAGCUCGCAAUGAUCGAGGCUGAGGAACAGCGCCAGCUGGCAGCCGAGGCUGCCCGCCUACAGGCUGAAGCAGCGGCAACAGCUGAGAAGCAGCGGCUACAGGCCGAAGCAAACGCAGAUACCUAGGCACGCCGCAAGGAGGCCCAGGAUCUGCUGCAGCGGCAUGAAGCCGCCAGCAUCGAAAG